AUGAGUCGCACGCCGAACAGAGCAACCAUCACCCAAUCACCAGCAAAGCUCGCCCGAGCACCUCGAAGCAAACGUCUUACAGCACCGACCACAAAGGUCCGCGAGAACCAGACGAUCCGGCGUACGCGCCGAACCAAUCGAGCCCGAAGCCCCCACCGGUCACAAUUCCAAGAUGUCGAAGACAGUGGCGACGAUUAUGAGGAAAAAAAUGAGAACACCGCAAAUACCUUGGAAGACCUUCUGCUGGUCAAAGAACUCCAAGAGACCAUUGACCAACAAGAUAAGACGAUCCAAGAGGCUCAAGCCGAGUUGAAGGAGCUUAAAGCGGAACAACAAUAUGGAAGAACAGAACGAUGA